UCAUUCAAUUUGUAACCGGUGCAAGAUGGGAGGAACAUACGAGUAAUUUGAAAGGAUAAAUAACAAAGGAUGUAUUUCCGUUUUUUUUUUCUUUAUUUUUUGUUUCAGUGCUAGCCUAAACCCUGUCUCUCUUUCUCUUUUGUUUUCAUCUGCCGCUCUUUCGUCACUUUUCCGACAAACACCACCAAUAACAAAUCUCAGCUCGUCUUUCCCCGAUUUGAUUCCGAUUUGAUUUACUUCGAAACGUAGGAAACCCUAAUUCUACGUCUGGAAGAUUUUUAACGACAUGGGAGACAGCAACAACGAUGCCUUUUUACGAAACCAAAACGCUGCCGUUCAGGGUCGCACCAAAGUCCAGAAUCGCGCUAAUGUUCUUCAGCUUAAAAUGAUUGGACAGUCUCAUCCAACUGGUUUGACGCCCAACUUGCUGAAGCUUUUCGAGCCUCGACCUCCAUUGGAGUAUAAGCCUCCGCCCGAGAAGAGGAAAUGCCCUCCUUAUAUGGGAAUGGCGCAAUAUGUUGGUCUUUUUGCUGAUCCCGGGGAUCCUGAGUAUGCUCCGCCUGUUAAAGAAGCUGAAACUCGGGCGCAAAAGAAGGCCCGAAUUCAUCAAUUGAAACUCGAGAAGGGUGCUGCAAAAGCUGCUGAAGAACUUGAGAAAUAUGAUCCAUCAAGUAACACAAAUGCGACUGAAGACCCAUACAAGACACUAUUUGUUGCGAGGCUGAGUUACGAGACAUCAGAGAGCAGGCUGAAAAGGGAGUUUGAAACCUAUGGGGCCAUUAAGCGGGUCAAAAUGAUUUAUGACAAGGAGACAAACAAACCAAAAGGUUAUGCUUUUAUAGAAUAUGCUCAUACAAGAGACAUGAAAGCUGCAUAUAAACAAGCUGAUGGAAGGAAAAUUGAUGGAAGGAGGGUUCUGGUAGAUGUAGAGCGUGGAAGAACUGUUCCAAACUGGCGACCUCGUAGACUGGGUGGUGGAUUAGGAACAACUAGAGCUGGUGAAGAUAUCAAUCAGAAGCAUUCAACGAGGGAGCCUCAAUCAGGAAGGUCAUCUCGAUCAGAGGAGCCGAGAAUUCGCAAUGAUAGAGAUAGAGAAAAAUCUCGAGACAGGGGCAGAGACAGGGAAAGGGAACGGGAAAAAUCUCGUGAAAGAUCCCAUGAAAAGCCAAGAGACAGGGAUCACAGAGAGGAUAGGCACCAAAGAGACCGUGACAGAACCAGAGACAAAGAUAGGGACAAAGAACGUGAUCGUGAUCGUGACCACGACCGUACACGUGAUCGUGACCGAGGUAGGGAUCGUGGUCGUGAUUAUGAUAGAGAUAGAGAUCAUGGACGUUCUCGUGAGAGGCACCGUGAGAGGGACCAUGACUAUGAAAUUGGUGAAGCAGACCAUGAUCGUGGGCAUUCUCGUGAUAAGGAUUAUGAUUAUGAUUAUGGGGAAGCAAAACAUGAUCGUGGAAGACAUGGUGAAAGAGAACGAGGUCAUGAUCAUGCUGGAACUGAUGAGGAUCGAGGGUGGUAUGAGGGUGAUCAUGGGCACAAGCAUUCUGAAGCUGAGCAUGAUGACCAUUACGGACAUUAUCAGAGCAGAUAUUAUGAUGAAAAAGGUGCUGUGGAUGACGAUGAUCGUUAUAAUCAUUAUGCUAGUGAAAGUGGCCAUAUGGAAGAGUAGAAGUACACUUGUGAUCAGGAAGCCUGAAGAAGCUGAAGAGAGCUCUUGAAUCUGAAAGAAGGUUGUUUUGUCCAGUCCUUUGUUUUUUCUUAUAUCAAAGGUCAAGCUAAACUUUUAUUGUGGUAUGGUUAUGGACUUGCUUCUGGUAAAUACUGUUAUGUCAUUUAGGUAUGAAUUUUUCAUUUUACCUUUUUUUUUUUGUUAUCUUGCCUUUUUUUCUCGGUUUCGACAGAGUGCAUGAUGCCUGGUACUGGUGAUUGCUACUGAUAAGAUCACCUAGUUUUUCCUGUGCAGUCCCAGCUCAUUUCUCCCGUUGAUGUUGGUUAAGGACCUUCAGACUUAUCAACCAAAUAACAUUUGAUGGUUUGACU